AUGGGAAAAGGCGUUGAAAUAUGGAAAAUGAGAAAACGCGCUGCCUCCAUGAGAAAACGCGCUGCCUCAGGAAACUCGGGCCGAUCCAGCUCCUCAUUCACGAUUUCGCCGCUUCGUGCUCGAGCCCGUUCCGCCGUCUUCUCCGGUUCGUGCUCAUGUUCUUCGUCGUCUUCUCCUCCUCUUCGCUGCUUCCUGCUCCAGGCUUUUCCAAACCAAUCUGAGUUCGCCGAUUCAUGCCCACUUCGCUGUGACUCGGCCUCUUCGUUCCCUUGGCUAGCAUUGCUUAUCUACUUUAUAUCUAACAAUGCAUAUCACAAGUACCAUUGUCUAUUGCAACUCAAUCUCAGGGCCUUGUUUUCUCUACAUUGGGGCAUCAACUUACUAGAUGAAAAGGCUUUAAUAUUGGCAAUUUUUAGAGAUUACAUUAUGGGAGGGCAUAAUCCAAGUGUCGAAAUUGAGAAGUAUGAUUGGUCAAAGACAAAUGUUGCCAUGUUUGUCGAUAUCAUUUAUGAAAAAGUGAAGCACAAUAAGUUACAAACAUCUACCUUCACUAAUACGGUUUGGGAGGAGAUCAACAAAAAAUUAUAUCAGGUUACGAAUAAGAAUUAUGGUGUAGAAAGGCUCAAAGGUAAAUGGAAUCGUCUACGCACAAGACAACGUCUUUUUGCAGCAUUGCUUGCGCAUACUAGUGUGACAAUGGAUCUUGACACCGAUAAAGUGAAUGCUCCAGAGGAAGUGUGGACAGAAUUUUAUCUGAAAAAUAGAAAGGAGUAUAAGUCAAUACGAAAGGAAGGAUGUGAUCAUUUUCACAUUCUUAGUGAAAUUUUCGGCAGGACAACUGCAACUGGUGAUAUGCAUAGAGCUUCUACUCAAUUACUUCCCACAUCUGAUGAAGAGAGAGAGCUCGAAGAAGCAUUCAUUAACAUAGGUGUCAGCUCAUAUGUUGAAGUUGUCGAUGACGAGAAUGAGGACGUCGGAGGGGAACCUAACAAUCGGCGACAUCGUAGUACAGAAUCAACUGAGAGUCAUCGACGUAAAGAUCCUAAGCGUUCAAAAACUGAAAAAUAUGAUGCUUAUAUGGACAAGUGGAGUGAUACCUUGCAACACCUGAGUCAAGAAUCUAUUGCUAGGCAAAAAUACCUGGAUUUGAGGGCUGCUAAGUUAGAACGCGAACAAGAAAUUUCUUCCUCUACUGGAACGAGCGGGUUCAGUGAUCCUUACUCUAUAGACAUGUGCAUGCAGAUUUUAAAUCAGAUGGGUGACUUAUAUCUACUCAAGUUUACACAAAAGCUACAGAAGCUUUUGAUCAUGUCAAACUCUGAUGAUGAAUAUGAUGAAUUAGGCCCAGAUAUCAAUUUGCUUCUUAUUUUGAGUCAUGCAAAUGACUCAAAUUGUCUUAGAGCUAUCGAUGGAACUCACGUAUCGGCAUGGGCACCGACAUCAAUUCAAACAUCUUUUCGUGGUAGAAAGGUUAUUAUCACACAAAAUGUGAUGCUUGUAUGCGAUUUCAAUAUGCUUUUUACAUUUGUGUAUACGGGCUGGGAGGGGACAGCAAAUGAUUCAAGGGUGUUCAUAGACGCUUUGACUAGGCAUGAAAAUCAUUUUCCUAAACCUUGCGGUGAUCAAUUUUAUUUGGUUGAUUCUGGCUACCCAAAUAUGUCAGGGUUUCUUGCUUCGUAUCGAGGUCAACGGUAUCACUUGAGAGAUUAUCGACGGCAAGGUAGACCAAGGGGGAAGGAAGAGUUGUUCAAUUAUAGGCAUAGCACAUGUCGUAAUAUUAUUGAGCGAUGCAUUGGGGUGCUUAAGGCAAGAUUUCGAAUUUUAAAAGAUAUGCCAAACUAUCCAAUUACUAGCCAAAGAUUAAUUCCAUUUGCAUGUUGUGCGGUGCAUAAUUUCAUACGUCGGCAUCAUGCAAUGGAUAAUUUAUUUAUGGAGUAUUCAUCUGAAGAUAUGCUCAUGUCUGGAGUUGAAGAUAGUUUUGGUGAUCAAGAGCCGAUUCCAAUUGAUCCAAGCCAAACAGCUCAGAUGGGACACAUUCGUGAUGACAUUGCAAGCCAUAUGUGGAAUGAUUAUGUGGAGCAUCAUCCGUAA